AUGACACGUCGUCGCCUCGUCACGUUCAGCAAGGCUUGUACCAUUGUACCCACAUAUGAGUGCUUCAACCGGUGCACUUACUGUAAUUUUCGAAAAGAUGCUUCGGGUUGGAUAUCACUCUCCAAGGCGGCUGAGAUUGCGCGAACUAACCGGGACGCUGGAGCAACGGAAGCUCUCGUUCUUUCCGGAGAAGUCCACCCAAAAAGUUCCCUCAGGAGGCACUGGAUAGCACACACUGUCGAAAUCUGCAAAGUUGCCAUCCAGAAUGGCUUGCUGCCGCACGUAAACGUAGGACCACUCAGCUGGGGUGAAAUGAAAGAGCUCACAAAGUUCAGCGUGAGUAUGGGUCUGAUGUUGGAACAAGUCACAGAUAAGUUAAUGGCAAGCGUGCACCGAAGAGCACCUUCGAAAGACCCCUCACUUCGCAUCGAACAGUUGCAUCUUGCGGGUCAGCUGAAGAUACCUUUCACAACAGGAAUUCUUGUCGGUCUCGGAGAAGAAGAAUGUGAUUGGAAAACCUCCCUGAAUUGUAUAGCAGCGGUGCACAACAAAUACGGGCAUAUCCAAGAAUGCAUCAUACAGCCCUUUCGUCCUGGUGAUCGUGGUUACAUUUCGGGCCCGAAAUUGAAUGCAUUCCAUAGCGAGGCCCUUCCGUAUGUUGUGUCACUCGCUCGCAAGAUACUACCGACAGAAAUCGCUAUACAGAUUCCACCGAAUUUAGUACUGUCUGAUACAGACCGCCGAAAGGGACUAGAGCUCGUGUUCCGGUGCCUCGAAGCAGGGGCGUCCGAUCUCGGAGGUAUUUCCCCUGUCGAUGAAGUUAAUCCGACCUAUGCGUUUCCUAGUAUUACAUGGCUGAGAGAAGUUCUUUUACUAGAGGGGUUCGAGCUUAUGCACCGUUUGCCUAUCUAUGAGCAAUAUAUUCCAUGGAUUCAGAAAGCAGAGAAAUUCGAACAUCUUCAAAGACUCUUUCCCGUAUACAAGCAAGGCAACUCAGCCAAAUCAACCCCGAAAUCGUGA